CAUUUACAAAGAAAUAUAAAAUAUUUAUUUAUUGUUCCCUUUUGUGGAGCGCCCUUUGCCUUUUCUUCUUUUAUUUCCCCUUCACUAUCCGCGGCAAGUGCACUGUCAAUACCUUCGUUGUCUGCUCAAUCUACCACUAUAAAUCAGCCGCCACCAAGUCCCAAUGUUCUACCUUAGCCGAAUCGAGCACACCUUUCGCGUGCCGCCGAGUCUCCUUAGCCUUCCUAUCGAGGAAGCUGUCAAGGGAGAGCUUGAAAGACUCUUCUUAGAUAAGGUUAUCGCAAACUUGGGGCUUUGCGUUUCCAUCUACGAUAUCAUAUCUAUAGAAGGUGGCUUUAUCUUUCCCAGUGAUGGUGCCGCAACCUAUACGGUUGUCUUCAGACUCAUUAUGUUUCGUCCAUUCGUGGGAGAGAUUAUUGCUGCAAAACUUAAAGAAUCUAAUGCUACAGGUUUACGCUUAUCACUUGGGUUUUUUGAUGACAUUUAUAUACCUGUCCAUCUUUUACCAAAUCCAUCCCGCUUCAAGCCUGACCCGAAUAAAAGGGACAAAGGCAUGUGGGAAUGGGAGUAUGGUGGAGAACCAUAUGUUAUUGACGGGAUUGAUGAGAUCAAGUUCCGAGUUCAUAAUGUAAGUUAUCCUCCAAUUCCCAUUGAGAAGCCAAAAGAAGCUAAGCCAUUUGCUCCGAUGGUGAUUACUGGAUCGAUUAAUGAUGACGGUUUGGGCCCCAUUUCAUGGUGGGUUGGUGCAGAACAGACCGACGAAUCUUAAGCAAGCCCAAACUGGCCGAGAAUGGCUGUAUUAUGAAGCGACGGAGGUUGUGGGAUGUUUUUGCUGAUUCUUUUGCAAGGAGCUGAAAUAAACAUAUAGUAAGAAAAUUGUAACUAUUCUUUGUGUAGCAAAUGAUAUCAUUUUGCUUUCCUUAUUGCCCACGAAGGGUCAAACACUUUCUGAGGGAACGGUUGAACAAAUUAAUGGGAUUAUCCAUUUUUUUAUAUAUUGCCGAGUAACUUAAUGGGACUA